AUUGUCGUGGAAACUACAGAGGUUGGCGUACUUUCCAGUUUUUUACAAUUUUUGGGUUGUCAUAAAGAAAUGGGUCAAUCCUUGACUUGAAAUGUUUUUAGGGUCUUGUUGCAUGCUGGGUGUCCGAAAUCUAUGUCAGCCUUUGGUUAACCAAGUGUAAUUAUCUCGUGUCAUUAUGGUUAUAACCAUUCCGAUGUAUACAUCGGAAAUCCCUUAUUAAAAACGUAUUCUCUUCCCUAUGGACUUCUAAAUAGUCGUAAUCCGACUCUUUCAGUUUAAGACAAGUCGUUUUCCCCAUAAAUUCACAAGAAAUCCGAUAACUACUUUCUCUUGGUCUAAUAAGACGAGCCUGAUAUUCGCUCCCGUUUGACUUUAUAGUGGUAUCUAACAUAGUAUAUAACGUAGCCCAACAUUAUCGACCCAACAAGUAGUCAUUAUUUGUUAAUACUUCGUGUAUUUCUUGAAAAAGAUCAAGAUUUGGGCACAUUUAAUUAUUAUGAGCAACAUCAUCAUACUAUAUCUGACAAAUAUCCCCGCAUUCGUGAUUCUCCUCUUUCACAGUAAAAUUUUUUCACGGUUUCAUUUACCGGGUUGUUUCCUGCACAAGUACCACACUUCAUUAUCGUGGGUCAGACUCGGUUUACUCCUAAUGAUCUUUCAGAUGUCAGACUUUGCCUGGCAGAAAACUCAAAAGGUGUGACUUAAAGAGAGAAGUAUGCCAUUCGUCAUCACAAUCGUCUAUUGGGAUCUAAGGUUCUUAGACCUGAGACAUUCUGAUAGUUGUCUAGUGAAUCAGUUGAAAACGUCGCUUGAAUAUACAGUGGGUUUCUCCACUAUAUUUAUAAAUCACAAAUAAGCUUGUUGAGUAAAUAUGUGUCCUUAGUAAUGAAAAUAUUCAUUGGGCUCUUUCACAUUGUUUGUCUGAUCAGACAAUUUUGUUUUUCUGAAUUUUACACAUAAAUUUCUCUGUCUCGCGUAACAAACCUGAUCACAUACUUCCAUUUAUAAUUAAUAACCUCCAGAUGUUCAUGUUCCUACUUGCCCUUGAUGGUGUCGAUCGGCUAAUUUCUUGUAAUAAUUAGAAGUAUUUAAACUAUGGUACAAACUAGGAAUCCCAGAAAUAACUCAGUUUAACCAAGAAGUAUUAGAUGAGCACAAACGAACGUAUUGUAUUUGGAAUUCGAAACCAAGCUGUCAUCAAAAUCAAAGGGAUCAUUAGUUCAUACAAACACCACAUCCGCCACGGCCUUAAUUGGAGUCUAAGUUUCUGUAAUCGAUUGUACGUCUCCUUAAGUUGAUAAUGUCUGUCCGACAAUGUAUUGGAUGUAGACUAUUUUCUGGGUCCUGGAACUGUAUACAAUCAUCAUGUCGGUUGUGUAGUCAGUCAGUCAGCUACAACGU